AAUCAUGUUCUCCAACGCUUAACGAACCGCAAGUAUAUCCGCCAAACCCUAAAUCACCCCCACAUCACAAGGGUCGAUCAAAGGGUUCAUGGCAACCCGCUGUCGAUUAAGAUCCGAACCUUCUACCAUGCUCCUCUUGUACAGUUGGAUUCUUCUCAGCUGGAUCCCUGAAAUGGUAUCAGCAGCGAGUGUUACACUUGAAUCAAUUCAAAUAUACCAGACUCAUGAGCCGUUGGGUAGCCCGACCCUAUACUUUCUGUGUAAAGGUGAAAACAAGACAUAUUUGCCUGAUGUGAAGGAAAAGGACAAACCAUACGAGUUCAAAGGUGAAGAACCUUGGCAGAUAUACACCUUUCUUCUUUUCUUUCUCCCAUUUCUUCCUCUUCUUCUAGAUCUGUGCUAGAUCUAUGGGGCUGGCGGCGAUGGUAGAGAAGACGAUGGUGGUGGGAGCUAGAUCAGAUAAGAACUGCAAGCGAUGCGGAUUCUACGAGGAAGAUAUGGGAGCAGAUGACGUGUUUGACGAGUGGGAAUUUUGCGCUUCUGCGUUUACAAGUGCUGAUGGAAAAUACACAUAUUCCAAGGAGAAAGAGUUCAAUGCAACAUUUUUGUGUCUAGAGUGUGUCCAUCUUGUAGAUGAACCGAUAUCAGGAGCAGUGGUUACACUUGAUUCAAUUCAAAUAUACCAGACUCAUGAGCUGCUUGGUAGCGACCCGGACCUUUACUUUCAGUGUGAAGGUGAAAACAAGACAAGUUUGCCUGAUGUGAAGAUAAAAGACAAUUUGUAUGAGUUCAAUGGUAAAGAGUCUUGGCAGCCUUUGACACAACUCUUAGAUAAGAACUGCAAGCGGUGCGGAAUCUAUGAGGAAGAUACGGGACCGGAUGACGUAUUUGAUGAGUGGCAAGUUUGUGCUUCUGAGUUUACAAGUGGUGGUGGAAAAUGCACACAUUUCAAGGAGAAUGAGUUCAAGGCAACAUUUUCUUGUCCAAAUUGUCCCUCUCUUGUAGGCAGUGAUGCUGCACCACCCGCCAACUCUCCUUCCCGAAACGAGAGAAGGGGGAUUACCUGGAUAUUGACAUUGCCGAUUGCGAUUUUGGUCUUGGUGUUUUCGGUUCUUGGAUGGUAAUGGCUUAGAAAAGUAUUGCAGAAGAGCAAAAUGCAACAGGAUCAAGCACGGUUUCCAUGUUUGCCUUUUUUCCCUUCUCGAUUCACUUUGCGUGUUGCCCUUUUCUUGAUCAUAUUUUGCAAAUUUAGACCUAAUUU